AGACCUUUUGUAAGAGGUAUAUAUGAGAGUUGUAUGCUCUAGAUUAUUUGAGAUAAAAUUAAUAUAUAUAUAUAUAGAACCCCUCUUAUAUAUAUAGUUAUAAUGAGAACCCCUCUUUUAAUGAGAACUCUCGUCCUCAACCCUUGAAUUUUGGUCGACGGCCAAGAUUAACGCUUAUUAAAACCCAUAAAUUUUUUAAGAACGUUAAAAAAUACUCCGUAUAAAACUCUAAAACAGAAAAUCUCGUAUGUCUCUCUCCUCGAUUCAUUACCCUCCUCCUUCCCUUUGAAUCCCUUCCCAUCUUCCUGCAAAUUGUAACUAUUCAAACACCAUGGAGUGUGACCUCAACAACGGAAAUAUCAGUUACUUUCGAAAGUUUUCAUGAUUAUUAAGCCAAUUUAAGUUUUUUUUCGCGAGACUCCUCCUAUCCGAAUCGGUGAUAACAAGAAAUUGGUGAUGAUGAAUUGCUUCUCCUUCCCUCUUUGUUUAGUUAUCUAAUCCAGCUUUGUGAUUCAUGAAAUAAGUAUGCUUCUCUACUUCAAUUUUUGUAAUUUUUUCUUUCAAAUUCUAGGUUCUGGGGUCUUUUUCCAUAAUUGAUUUUGGAGUACUAAAACUCUCAAGUUUACUGAGUUUUCUCUCAUUCAAUAUGUUCUAUGGUUGUUUAAUUUUAGAUUGAGCUAUUUUAUAAAAUUUGAUUUUUUUGGCAAAUAAAUGAGAAAAAUUGAUGUAUUAAGUUGAAACAGGUUGAGUCUGUGACGCUUCACCCAAACUUUAGUCUUAUUUGUACUUCAAAACAGGUAAGUUUUCUCAUUAUGUAAUAGACUAGAAAAUCAGAACAUUUCUUUGCUGUCAUCUGAGUUGACUGUGCUUGGAUGAAUGAGAAUAACAUUUCUUUGUUGUCAUAUGUGAUCACUCCCGUUCAAUUUUUGCAACUGCCCAUCCCCUUUCAAAUUGGAUACAGAAUACAAGUUUUCAUCCCCUUUCAUCUGAAGCCAAGGAAACCAGCUGAUGAAAACAAGACCGGAGUAGAAGAGGCCCUGCAAAGAACUCUUUCGGAUGAGACGAAAAGUGAUUAUGAUAAUUUCAUUACAAUCAAAAAGAUCAAAUCCGAUCUUGAAACUGAACAAAACGCUAGAAAUGAAUUGUCCUAUUUGGGUAAGGAGAGUGGAGAUAAUCCAAUGAUUCUUGAGAUACUCAACCAAAAUCCCAGAAGUAAAACGCUCAGUAAUCAUGUCAAUGAUUUUAGUCUACCUUAACAAAUUAACUUCUGUACACAAACUCUCAAACAUGUUUGUUGUUGUUGUUGAGUAUUUCCUCUGUUAGUAGAGUUCUUUUCCAUUCUAUUUCCAUAAAAGUAUUCCUAUCAAAGCCUAUUGUAGACUGUUUUCGUACCAGUUUCUCUUAUGAUGUCAUCGUACCUUUGUACUGUCUGGUCGGUUCUACCUCGGCAACCGCGUGAGUAGUUUUGUUGUUGCCUCCCUAAACUUGAAGCCGCCAUUACUAACACCUAUAUAGAUUACAGAACCUGAGUUUGGAAUAUUUGUGAACGUAAUUGAGCAAGUUUGUGUGUAAUUGAACAAGUU